UUCCAACUUUACCCUCCUACGUGCAUCCUUCUCCUCGCCCAGACUACUCUUGUCUCCCCACAUGCCACAUCAUCCAUUCAACUUCUCUUCCCUUCUCCACGCAUCAUCCAAUCUAAUCCCUUAGUAGAUUAGGAUUUCUUUUCUAAAUCUUAAAUUCUUCUCCCCACACUAGCUUAUUUUCUCCAAUCUACUCAUAUUUUAGGUUGCAAGAUGGUGAGUUUGCUUCUCAGGUCAUCUUCUCUGAUUGGAAACCUACAACAACAAGCUCUUCGGUUGUGGCGGCGGCUAGCAUCGUCUAGCGGCGAGCAUCGGUGAGCAUCGAGGGAGUGGGUAUCAAUUGUGAUCCGGAUCGGUUGGUAGAGUAAAGUUGCUCAUUCUUCUCCCUCCUCCUUCUUCGUCUUUUGUGGCUGUGCCUGUCUCUUGCCUCUUCUGUUUCGUCGUACAAUUGCCAAAAUUUUCUCUACAUAUGCCAUCAAAAUGACAUUUUUAUUCUUCAAAAAUUUCAUAUUUUCCUUUGAAAAUGUCAUUAAGAUGGCAAUCUCGAUUCAAGUUGGCAUUCUGUUUAAAAAGUUGGCAUCAGCGGCGCCGACGGCUAGAUCUACAGAAGUGGUGGCCGGAUCUGCAACGACGACAACCAGAUCUGCAAUGGUGGCGGUCGGAUCUACAUGGGCGGCAGUCAGUGGCCAAAUUUAAGGCGGAAGUGGCCAAAUCUGUAGCGGCGUCAGCCAAAUCUGCAUGGGGCGGUUAGGUUUGAUGCAGCAGUGGCGGCAGGUGGAUGCCGACGGCGGCAGGCGGUCUACAGGUCCGCAAGUAUAUUUUUGUCAAGGUUAAGGGAUAUUUGUGUCCAACAACAAAUAAUAACUCAUAUUUAGGAAAUAUUUAAACUUUAGUCCUAUUUUGACAAUUAAGAACUUAAUUACUCCCAUUUAGGUAAUAAAUCUCCCCUGAGAAUACUCAUCUAAAAUGGAGCUCAAGAAUGACUUUUAAUACGGAGUAUGUAAUAGUAAAUUUACCUCACUUUUAUUGGUUAUUCAGUACACAAAAUAAUUUAGAAGUCCAUUUAAUAACAUUAAAUCGAUUGAAUCGGGUGCAAGUGAUGAAAUUUUACAUAAAUUUGUUAGAUUGAGGAAAAGUUAAAUUUGCAGUAUAUUAUACUACAUAUUAAUAAAAUAUAGAAAAAGUCAUAUUAAAAAUAACUAAAAUAACCUUUUUCAAUAAAUUCAUCUAUUUCGGUCAAAAAAGUAAAUACGGAGUAUCUUUUUAAUUGGAUUGUAGAUUUGUGACCAGGUGAAGGGUGAACAUCACUCUCCUUUUAGGGUGAGCGAAAUUACUUUCUCGAAAUACUAGACAAGAAUAAUCCAAUUAUUAGUGAUCUGCUUGAAAUAAUCCAAAGUAUCAAUUAUCUCAAAAUAAUCUUCUCAAAAUACUCCGAUGACUUAUAAUUACCUGCAAAUAACUUACUCCCUCCGGUUUCAAAAGAACUUCACGGUUUUUAAGAAAGUGAAAUUUUUUGUUUUGACUUUCCUAUUAUGCCGCCAAUAAAGUAGAUAAAAUAUAGUGGGAGAGAGAAAGUGAAUGUGAAGUUUAUUUUGGAUCCACCCAAAAAGGAAAGUGUGAAGUUGUUUUGGGAUCGGAUAAUGUAUAAAUUUUUGAGCAAGUGGAAUAUUUUGAGAAGAUUUUUCAAUAGUUGGGAUUAUUUUGAUUUAACCGAUACUUUGGAUUAUUUCAAUCAAAUCAUUAAUAGUUGAGAUUAAUUUUGUCCAUUUUUCCUAUUUUCUAUUAUUUCCAGAAAAACUCUACUUUAUAAUUUAGAUCUCAUACCGGUGGGCGUGGUUCAACUGGUAGAUAGGGGUGCCACAAGGGUUAAGUUUCGAGUUCGAAUUCCGGCAACUGCGAUGAGAGGUUACUAUGCUGAAAUGCAUAGAGUCUCUGCAAGUAUCAGGACAAAAGUUCCACUCUCUAUCUACCAGCUUGUGAUUAAAGCUCAAUUUACAUCAUCCCAUCUAACUGUCCGAUCGGUGUUGCGAGCACAUUGAUGAUGUCAUCCUUUUUUAUAUAUUUCUACGUAUAAUUUAGAUCUCAUAAAAGUUAAAGUAAAUGCAACCAUACAGCAACAACUUAUUCUAUGGUCAAUUACUAAUCCCACAGACCUGCAGAUCAUAGUCCCACCAUGGACUAACGGUCAUAUUUUUUCAAAACUGUUGAAAAGUUUUAAAAAGCUACUUCCCUUUCUAUACACAAAAAAGACUUGUUUGGUUUUGGGUCAUACCUAUCUUUCAUUUUCCAUCUCCAUCAAAGACUAGCCGUAAUUAUCAUUUUCUAAAACACCAUUCCGCUGCUUUUGACUCAGUUCACUUUAAGUCCCUCCAAACAUGGGUUGCUUUGCUUCUUGUUGCCCUACCUUAAAGCACAAGAAGUUCAUGAAGUCUCUUAAUAAUAACUCUCUCUCUCCUCCCUCCAAACACCAGUGUCUUCAAAGUCUGCUGCAAAUCCCUCAUGAAAGUGAAUUUAUUAUUGGUAAAGCAAAGCCAUCUCACAUCGAGGAUACUGCCCUACCCAUUGCUGAUUCAAAAGAGAAAGAGAAGGUGACAUUUGAUCUAGAUAUUAACCAAGAAGAUGAGCAGAAAGAUGGGCAAAGUAAGACAGAGAUUAGUACUGAUUCAAGCUUGUUUUCAUUCCCACUGGAUAAUCAUAACUGCAAAAGUGGUGAUGAUGAGAAUCAAGAAGAAUCAUCUGAGUCACUCUUCUCUCUGUCAAUAGACUCCAUCCGGAGGAAUCUCUCUAGAUCUGAGAGGGAUGAAGUUAACAGUCCCUUGAAGCCAAAUCGCAGAGACAGUAGCCCAUUUGUUAAGUCUGUCUUGAACCCAAUCCAAUGUAUUGUUAAACCAGGAGCAGCUAAGGAGAAGAAACCAUCAUCACCACUAAUGGAGCUUCAAGAAAAGGAGAACCAGAAUGUUGAACCUAGCCUUUCUGGCUGGUUGGUAGAAAAGGGAAAAAAGACCCUAAACUCUGAAGACAGUCCAGAUUCUGUUGGGAACUUAUCCCAAGAGUUGAGAAGAACAAAGUCUAAAAAGGAAUCUGGGAGGAGGCCAAUUUUGGGAGAAUUGAACCUUGAAGACAUCCAAGCUUGAACAAUAUAUAAAUACUCCGUAUUCAAAUUUAAGUUCAAGAAACUAUAGCUGCUGGAGAUGUAGUCUUUGGUUCGUGUAUCUAAUCCCAAUGUAAAGAUAAUAAUCUCCUCGAAUCUCCAUGAUCAAUUGUUCUGUAUGAGUAUAAGGGUGGCUAGGAAAACAAAGAAUUGAGGUAAAAUUGAGCAAAUCAGGAGUGAACUUGUCACUUUGUCAGGAAAUAAAAUUUGAGGCAAAAUGUAACUACUCAAUGAAUAGAUGAUUUAUAUAUUUGUAUGCAACUUGUAGAAUUGAAGAUUGAGUUUGGUUACCCAAUUGGGUUAGUAACACAUCCAACCCAAUUAAGUCUACAACCCUUUUUAAACUACAGUGUAUUUGCUUUUUUACUUCUUACUAUGACUCUUUAUUUA